AUGGGCACUCACUCGGCCCUACCGACUAUCUUGGUCUUGGGUCUUACGACCACCUUGGUGCGAUGUGCCACCUUCCCCUUCACCAGCAGGGUGAACGAGACGGCAGAGCGCCGCUUGGAGACCCUCUAUUCCCGGUCGCUGUCCCGCAUCCCGGGGGAGAAGCGCGAGACCUAUCGGGACAGCGACUAUCUUACGGGCAUUAAAAGGCUGCGGCGCCUCUACUGCAAUGUGGGCAUUGGCUUUCAUAUUCAGGUUUUACCGGACGGCAAAAUUACAGGAAUACACACCGAAGAUGGUUUUAGUCUUCUCGAAAUCUCUCCGGUGGAGAGAGGCGUGGUAAGUCUCUUUGGCGUCCGCAGUGGACUAUUCGUGGCCAUGAACCGCCGAGGGAAGCUGCACGGGUCUUUACACUACAACAGCGACUGUAAGUUCCAGGAGAAGCUCCUUGCCAAUAACUACAAUGCCUACGAGUCCGUGGCCUACCCAAGGAUGUUCAUCGGCCUGAGUAAGAACGGCAAAACAAAAAGAGGAAACCGAGUGUCACCCGCCAUGACUGUGACGCAUUUCUUGCCAAGAAUCUGA